AUGGCCGGGUCGCUAAAAGCAGUUCGUGUUGAUGGACUUAUUGCCCUCGCUGGAAUGCUGGGUAGUGCACCUGGUGAUACUCCUGUGCCGACGUUGAUGGAUUGCUUGUCGAAUUCUUGCACCGUUCGCGGAUUCCUGCUCGGUACCCGCGAUCAAUAUCGCGAGAUGAACAGGUUCAUUGCGGAGAAGGGAAUCGUGCCAGUCGUCGACGAGCACGUUUUUGAUUUUACGGAGACGAAGGAGGCUUAUGAGUUUCUGCUGCUGCAGCGGCAUUUUUCGAAGGUUUGUAUUCGACUUUAG